CUAUGUAAGUUCCACUUUACAACAGCUUUACUCCUUGACACAAGCAGCUUUGUCCUCUUUCAGUUCCACCCUAUUGUCUACAUCUCAUAACUCCAUUUGAAUCUGCCAACAAGUUGUAUAACCUUACAAUAAUGGGUUGUAUGGGCACCUGAUUGGUGUCAACUGUCAAAUAAAGAAUCAAGUCUGGGAGCAAGUUGGCAUGAUUUUAUUACACUGGUAAUUAUUUGUACAUAGAUUAGCGUGUCCAAGUUAACCGGUUUUGGGCUGAUCAAUGAUCAUAAAUAAAGUUGAAGUACCGAGUAGUCGAGUACUAAAGUUAAACAGUUUUUCUGGACCAGAUUGAGUGAACUGUACUUAUAUUUCAGAAGAAACACUAAUAGAAAACCAGUUCUGACUUCUGAGCAAAAGUAGAAUAAAAUUACAAGCUGCUUCUAGGGCUGUAUUUUUUUCCCUACCUUCCUGCGUUUUCAUUGGCACAUGAGUGCAGGCCAUAGCAACAGCACAUGUAUUUUCUUAUGCACAUAGUCCAAUACUUGACUAGAUGCUGACACGUAGCGAGAAACAUUCCUGGUAUAUACCAUCAGCGUAUUCUCAGUUCCUUCUGCUUCAUUUUGUCAGGCCAGCAAAUUGACACACUGUACACGUAUGCUUUUGUUUUUUAAUUUUUAUUUUGAUGUUUUGGGGGGACUAUGUAUGUGAAGUUGGUGGAGACCUACACAAGAGCCUUUCACCUCUGGUUUGAUCUAAGCCGCAUUAGGCUCCAAGAUCAGGACAGUUUUGCAUGCAUAGGCCAUGAAGGCAGGGCCCACCCAUUCUCUAUUCUCCACUGAUAAUCUCUUCCGUCUCCGCCUCCUCAUUGUGUGUAUAUAAGACACAAUGUGGAGAGCACGAACCAAGGCAAUCCUUACGGUAGAUAGCAACUACGAUGGAGACCAUGUCAUAUCCUUGUUCCCCUCUUCUCUCCUUCCCUACACAUGAAGAGAAUAACUUUGUCCUAUGGUCUCCUCAAGUAGCCCUCCAUGAGGACGCCACCAUCCAUGUUGAUCCUUCCACUCAUCAGCUACAUGAUUGUGGGUUCUUGGACACCAUGGCUCUUGAUUAUUCUAACGACUGGCAUCGUCAAGAUGCUUCUGAUGUCGGUAUGUUCAUCGAUUGUGAUGAGCGGAUUCUGGGCCAGGAGAACGGCGACUUGAUGGCGAUCCAAGAGGAGCUCAUGGAGGAGAACAGUUUAACUGAUCUCCUUCUCACUGGUGCAGAGGCAGUUGAGGCGGGGGAUUCAAGACUUGCCACGGCAGUGUUCUCGAGGCUUGAUGGCCUCCUCCUUGGCAUCCCUGAAAAUGCAGCAGUCGGCUCUUUUGAUCGCCUGGCAUACCACUUUGCCCAAGGUCUGCGGUCCCGGCUCUCCAGUGCAAACACCAGGUGCCCUCCGCCAGAGCCACUGCCAUCUGAUAGAAUGUCAGUGCAGCAGAUUAUACAAGAGCUGUCGCCUUUCGCCAAGUUCGCGCACUUCACUGCCAACCAGGCCAUUCUAGAUGCCACCAAGGGCGACUCGGAUGUGCACGUCGUCGACCUGAACAUCGGCGAGGGUGUCCAGUGGCCAUCACUCAUGUCAGACCUUGCCAGCCAUGGUGGGAGGUCAUUCCACCUCACGGCGAUCAUAACAGAUGCUGACUACAGCUAUGACGUUCACCAGGCAUCUGCGCGGCGGCUCUCGGAGUUUGCCGACUCCUUGAAACUUCCCUUCCAGUACAACUCUCUCCGUAUACACAGUGAUGAAGACCUGCAUGAUUUCUCCAAAAGCUGUAACGGCCCAGUGAUCUUCUCAUGCGACACGACAAGUAUGACUUACAAGUUGCUGGGGAAGUUACGGACAAUCCUACCUGGCUGUGUUAAAAUGUUAAGACCUAAGUUAAUGGUCAUCGUUGAAGAGGAGCUGGUUGGAAUCGGAAAGGAAGCAUCUGUAUGUAACACCUCCUUCGUCGACUUCUUCUUCGAGGCACUGCACCACUUCACCACUGUGUCCGAGUCAUUGGCUAGCUGCUUCAGUGGUGGUAAUCAUGGGUUGUGCCUGAGACUUGUGGAGAGGGACAUGGUGGGGCCAAGGAUACAAGACUUCGUGGAGCACUAUGGGCCUGUGACACUUGAGCCAAAUGCUCCUGGGGUUUUGGAAAGGUAUGGGGCUUUUUCAUCUCAGCUCAGCAUGGAGGUUCUUAUAUCUGCAGUGGCAGGUGAUCUUAUCAGCAGGUUCAUCUCUUUCCUGGCACAAAGUUAUGGCAGUCAAACUUGUGAAGAGGAUGAUCCUAGGAGGCUGGAGAGCUUGUUUCGAAGGAUACAAACUGUUGUUGAGGAAGCAGAGGGGCGGCACAUCACAAAUCGAGGAAUGUUCCUGCAGCUGAAGGCACUCAUUGAGGGCCUCAGCAUGGAAGUUCUGAUUUCUGCAGUCGCAGGUGAUCUUAUCAGCCGGUUCAUCUCUUUCCUGGCACAAAGUUAUGGCAGUCAAACUUGUGAAGAGGAUGAUCGUAGAAGGGUAGAGCACUUGUUGCUAAGGAUACAGAUAGUUGUUGAGGAAGCAGAGGGGCGGCACAUCACAAAUCGAGGAAUGUUCCUGCAGCUGAAAGCACUCAUCGAGGGUGUAUAUCUCGGGUACUACAUGCUCGACAGGCUCAAGCUUGAGUCCCUUGGAGAAGAGAUCGUCGACGUUGCUGAGGUGAGCCACCAGAGCCAAUCCUUCGCUGUUUCUACUUUUAACACUGCCAAGCGCCUUCGUUUUCAUGCUGCUGGAACAAAAAGCACGAGAAAGUUGAAAGGUGUUCUUGAGUGUUUAGAGACUAAGAUCACAGACAUGAGAGAGUUUGUCAUGCUCCUCGGCAACUGCCCUCGCCUGCCUCAUCAGCCUUACAGUACAUAUAUGUACAUCGAUAAAUGUAUGUUUGGCCGCCACAUUGAGAAAGAGCAACUCAUCAACUUCUUGCUAUAUGACAGUCACGAUUUCACAGAUUUAAGCAUCCUUCCGAUCAUCGGCCCGCACAGAAUUGGGAAGAAAACUCUGGUGCAACAUGUUUGCAAGGACAAGAGGGUGCACGAUCAUUUCUCCCACAUGUUUUUCUUUAGAGGUGAGGAUCUACGGAAAGGAGAGUUCUUGGUGAACUGCAAGGCAGCCUCAGGGAAAUACUUGUUUGUUGUUGAUUUCAGUCGGGAUGUGGAUGAGGCAGCAUGGACAAAGUUCCGAUCAUACUUGAAGGUGCCAAGUACUGGGACUAAAAUUGUAUUGAUAGGCAGGGCAGAGCAAGUUGCCAACUUAGGGACUGCUCGACCCAUCAGGCUGAAGUGUUUGUCUCAAGAAGAAUACUGGUACUACUUCAAGGUACUUUCCUUUGGAAGCAUGGACCCUGAUGAGCAUCCGAAGCUAGCAUCUCUAGGCAUGCAGCUUGCUACUGAACUUAAUGGGUCUUUUCUUGCUGCAAAUAUACUUGGCGAGAUACUUAGAACUAACCCUAAUGCUCCAUUCUGGCAAAAGGUAUUAUUGAGCAUAAAAGAACUAGUGCGGGAGCACUUGAUGUCCUUUGGCACACACCCAGAGGACCUCCUUGAGAGAAAUUCUCCAAUCAGUUUCACUAAAGUGGCGUUAGUCGGUGGUCAAGCUCAACGAUAUCUGGUGCAUGACCUUAGGGAGGCUAGCUCUGCACAAGGUGAGCUGCCACGACUGACAUCACAAGAGCUACUGACGGGUGGCGAUAUCCCCGCUGAAGAAAUGUUUGAGGUGCUGGUGUGGAGAUCUCGGAUCCCACCUUACUGCGACUAUGUUGUUACUUAUGAGAAAGAGAAACCAUCCCGCAGGGUCAGCAAGAAGAAGAAUCUGGCAUUGUGAAAAAUAUCAGGACAAAUGUGAAUUUGGCAAAUGGAUCUGCUGGAACGAACUAUACACAUGCAAUUGAUAUAUAGGAUAUGUAAAACGCAGUCAAUUACUAUUGCUACUUUCAGCUGUGUGUGCCAUAGAAUCCUCAGGAAGAAAGCUGUUCACCAAAUUAUUUUGUCCUUGUUGUUGCCUUAGACAUAAUUGAUUCACCCCAGAGUAGUCCUAUCUUUUUUUAUUUUGUCAAUUCUUAAAAGAAAGUAUGGACAACUCUUUUCUGGUGAAGACUCAUCUAUGUAAUUCCAUAAUUCUUGUUUCAAAUUUGCCCAAAAUUGGAUGUAUCUAUUCCUAAAAAGUGUCUAGAUACAUGUAAGAUUCCGACAAGAAUUAUGGAACAGAGGUAGUAGUUUGCAAUGAAGAGUUUUUAUGAAA